CACACUGUUGUGCUGCGAGCAAUUCGGUCGUUGAAAAACAGAAGAAAUAAAAACAAAUCAAAUGGCCGGACGUGAAGCCGUGAAGCGAGCCGUGCAGCAGGUGCGUCCUAUCCUGUCCGUCGACCGGGAAGAAGCCCGUAAACGGGCCCUCAAUCUGUACAAGGCCUGGUACCGUCAGAUUCCCUAUAUCGUCAUGGACUACGACAUCCCGAUGACCGUUGAACAGUGCCGGGACAAGUUACGCGAGGAGUUCGUCAAGCAUCGUAAUGUGACCGACAUUCGAGUUAUUGACAUGCUGGUCAUCAAGGGUCAAAUGGAGCUCAAAGAAUCCGUAGAGAUCUGGAAGCAGAAGGGUCACAUCAUGCGCUACUGGAAGGAGUCCCAGGAUCCAAAACCCACCGACUUCCUCUCAAAAUUCAUCCAGGGCGUUAAUUAGUUAUUGAAAUUGAAAUAGUUUAAAUACAAACUCCAUCAGAGUGUAAAAACGAA